AUGUGGGCUAAGCACUCAGAAUUUGUGCCUACUGUAUCAAGAAUCUGGCAAACAAAAAUUAGGGGAUAUGCUAUGUACUCAGUCUAUACCAAAUUGAAGCUGCUGAAGAAUGAGCUGAAAGAUUUAAAUAAAAGGUACUAUAGUAACAUCAGUGAGCAAGAAAAAAAUUGUAUUACCUCAUACAACAAUUUGCUGGACUGUGAGCUUUCAUUCUAUCAACAAAAGGCUAGGAUUUUGUGGAGUGUUCAAGGUGACAGAUGCACUAGCUACUUCCAUUCUGUAAUCAAAUCAAAAAGAGAUCAGAAUAGGAUUCUGAUGCUAUAUAACAGUGCAGGAGAAAAAUUAUCUGAUGAAGAGAAAAUUACAUCUGAAUUUAUAACUUUCUAUAAGAAUCUUAUGGGUACAAGCUCAGUCACUGCUCUUGUUGACAGAAAUGGCCCUUGUUUGAGUGAAGCUCAAGCUAGAAUCCUAUCAAAUCCAGUAAACAGUGAGGAGAUUAAGGAAGCUGUUUUUUCUAUGUCUGAUAUUAAAGCCCCAGGACCAGAUGGUUAUGGUAUAUCCUUCUACAAAUCAGCUUGGGGGAUUGUUGGAGAUGAAAUCACACUGGCAAUUAAGGAUUUCUUCAAAACUGGGAAGCUUUUAGGGGAAAUCAAUUCCACAGCUAUCACUUUGAUACCAAAGGUGCAAUGUCCCAGAAAUCCAUCUGAUUUCAGACCUAUAGCUUGCUGCAACUGUUUAUAUAAAAUCAUCUCAAAAAUCCUAGCUAAUAGGAUCAGGUCAGUGAUUGGUUCUCUAGUUAAUGAAGCCCAGAAUGCUUUUGUUAAGGGAAGACAGAUAUCAAGCAAUAUUCUAUUAGCUCAUGAGCUUGCAAAGAACUAUAACAGGAAGCACAUAUCUCCAAGAGCCAUGCUUAAUAUAGACAUCAAAAAGGCUUUUGACACCAUUAACUGGGGUUUUCUCAAAGAGAUGCUUAUUGGUUUGGGUUUUCCAGAUGCAUACAUAGGAUGGAUUAUGGCUUGUAUUACAUCCCCUAAGUAUUCUAUUGCUUUUAAUGGUGCAUUGCAUGGUUAUUUCAAAGGUGAAAGGGGUCUUAGGCAAGUCUCAGGUCUCAGUGCUAAUUUAAACAAAUGCUCAAUCUUUUAUGGAGGGAUUGAUGAUUCAGUAAAAGCUUCCAUCUUCAACAGUUUGGGAUUUUCUGAGGGGACAAUGCCUAUUAGAUACCUUGGUGUUCCUCUCAUUUGCAAAAGGCUAUCAUAUACAGAUUGUGCACCUCGUUUAAACAGAAUACCAGAUCAAUUUCAAUCUUGCAGUCAUAGGAAACUGUCAUAUGCAGGGAGGUUGCAAAUUAUCAAGAGCUCUAUCUUAGGGAUCCAAGUAUUCUGGACCUCUAACUACAUCUUGCCUGCAAGAGUGCUUAAAAAAGUUGAUGAAUUGUGCAGGAAUUUUCUGUGGGGAAAAUAUGAUCAAUCUGUUAAAGUUUUCCCUUUGGUUGCAUGGGAGAGAGUUUGUUUGGACAAGAAAAAAGGUGGAUUAGGGAUUUUCUCUGCCACUAUCUGGAACCUAGCCUCUGCUGUUCAAGCUAAAAGGGGUGACUCAUGGAUGUGCAAACAAUUGUUGAAAGCUAGAGAUAAAGCUGUGGAACUGAGUGGUAGCAUUGACAACCUGAAACAUAUAAUAAAUUCCAGUUCUAACAGUUCAAAAAUUAAAAUUGCUGAAAUAUAUAGAGCUCUCUCCCCUGCAGCAAAUCUUGUUCCAUGGUUACUAAGGAAAGGAAUUGUGAAUGCAAAUCAAUGUAAGAUGUGCGCUGGUGCAUGUUUAGAGAGCCGUGAUCAUCUAUUUUUUGAGUGCUCCUUCUCCAAGGAAGUAUGGUAUCAAAUCAUGGAUUGGCUUCAAUUCAAAUGGAGAUCAUGCUCUUGGAAUUCCCUCUUGAAUUGGUAUUGUACAAAGCUAAUAAAGAAAGGCAUUAAGCAAAAUAUCAAGAGAUCUGCUAUGUCAGCUACUAUUUACCAUCUAUGGUGUGAACGCAACAGGAGGAUUUUCCAGCUGAAGAUUCAAUCUGGGGAGAGUUUGGUUAAGAGAAUCAAAGUUGAUAUCCUAACUAUAUGCCUAAACUCUCCAAACAUUGCUGGGGAUAUGGCAGAUUGGAUCAGUUGUGGUACAGUUGUUUUGGGGGUACUGCUGGUAUUCUUGAAAGCCUGGUCCAAAUUUGGUGAAGGAUCCACAAAGAGUAGUAGAUACUGCUAUUGGGAUGCUGGACAGAGUGAUAAAUUGAAGCUGUGCACAGUUUUUCUAGGUCUUGAUCUCUAG